CUAAAAAUGAGCUUCGUUAUAAGAAGAAGAGUAAGGCAAGCAGAAAUGGAAAUUGCGGUUGAAAAUGGCGAAUUCAGUAAACACCCAGCUGAAAACAUCAUCAUCGUCCUAUGAAGAUGGAAAGGAAGAAGGAGAAAAGGACAACUUCUCGUACGCAAUGCAGCUGGUCACUUCGGCAUCAAUGACGAUGGUUUUAUACACUGCUGUAAAGCUAAAUUUGUUCGAAAUCAUUGCCAAAGCCGGCCCAGGAGCCAAGCUAUCACCUUCAGAAAUCGCAUCCCAGUUGCCUGUGACUAAUAAUCCUGAUGCAGCUUCGAUGCUCGACAGAAUGCUUCGCUUGUUGAGUAGUUACUCGCUGCUCACUUGCGACGUAGUUGAGGUUGCCGGGGGCCGUGCUGGUGGGGAAACCGAUGUUGGAUAUGUAAGAGUUUACGGGUUGUCUCCGGUAGCAGAAUAUUUUGUGCCGGAUGAGGAGGGGAACUCAGUGGCGCCUGCCAUGGAGUUGCUUCAAGAUAAGGUCUUGAUUGAUAGCUGGUAUGAACUUGGGAAUUCUUUGCUUGAAGGAGGGAUUCCAUUUAAUAGAGUUCAUGGAAUGCAUGCAUUUGACUACCCUAGUAGAGAUCCCAGGUAUAAUGAGCUUUUCAACAAGGGAAUGGUUGGUCCUACAGCCAUAACAAUGAAAAAAUUGCUUCAACAAUAUAAAGGAUUUGAGCACCUUCAGACAUUGGUUGAUGUUGGUGGUGGUCUUGGAAUAACCCUUCACAAGAUUAUAUCAAAAUACCCUUCUAUAAGGGGUAUCAAUUUUGAUCUUCCACAUGUCAUUGAAAACGCGCCAUCCUAUCUUGGAGUGGAACACAUUGGUGGAGACAUGUUUGAAAGUGUUCCUGGAGGAGAUGCUAUUUUUAUGAAGAUGAUACUCCAUGAUUGGAGUGAUGAUCACUGCUUAAAGCUGCUGAAGAACUGCUUCAAAGCUCUACCAGAUCAUGGCAAAGUCAUCGUUGUUGAUUUGGUUCUACCCGUAAAACCUGAUACUAGUGCCUUUGUAAAAGGCAUUUUCCAGACUGAUGCUCUCAUGAUGACUCAAAAUCCUGGAGGGAAAGAGCGAUCAGAAUCUGAUGUUCGGACCUUGGCUAUCAGAGCUGGAUUUAAAGACAUAAAGUUAGAAUGUUGUGUGGGUAGUCUUGGGGUCCUGGAGUUGUACAAAUAGUUAUGUCUGCCCUUUGGCAGGUUUUUCAUUUGAAGAAAUUUCUUUUGUUUGCUUGUAUUUCUUAAAUAAUCUCUAUUUGGUCUAAUGAGCGUAGUGUUUCUUAGAUUGUGCAAUUGAAAUUAUGUCCAUCAGUGGAGCUUUGGCACAUGAAGUACCAAGGUUCGCAAUUUUCUUGCAAAACAGUAUUGAGUGGUAUAGUCUCUGAUCCUUUUCUCUGAA